AUCUUUUUGUCCAUCUGUCGUCGACUCACCGACUUGCUCUCAUUGUCACUAUUCUGACGCCGAUCUCUCUCUCGCUCUGGGUCACUGGAAAUCUGCGAUAGACUCCCUGUCGUUGGCGCAUCCGUCUCACUUGCGUCCUAAUCCAGCCUCUCCGUGGCCGACGUUGUCCUCGCUGGAGAUUGCGCGGGGCAUGAAGGUAUAGGCCGACGAUGGGCGGCGUAGAAGGCGAUGCCCUGCAUCGGGAGCGGGAGGCGAGCAGCAGCAUCUAUGCUCCCGAUCCUGCCCUUUCCCAGCCUCGCUCCACCCACUCGUCGGGUCCGUCGAGCCGGAAUGCGAGCAGGCCCGGCUCCUCGGGCGGAGCGGCCGGCCAGACUUCGUCAAGGAGGCACACCAAGCAGCCCGUCCGAAUCGGUCAGUAUACCCUGCUUCAGACGUUGGGCACAGGCAGCUUCGGCAAGGUCAAGCUGGCCACCCAUUCGCUGACGGGCCAUCGAGUGGCCAUGAAGAUCAUCAAUCGACGCAAGAUUUCUUCGCUGGACAUGGGUGGCAGAGUCAAGCGGGAGAUCCAGUAUCUCAAGCUGCUCAGACACCCCCACAUCAUCAAGCUGUACGAGGUUAUCACGACGCCCUCGGACAUCAUCAUGGUCAUUGAGUACGCGGGAGGAGAGCUGUUCCAGUACAUUGUCGACAGAGGGAGAAUGUCUGAAGACGAGGCCAGGCGCUUUUUCCAGCAAAUCAUCUGCGCAAUCGAGUACUGCCAUCGUCACAAGAUUGUCCACCGUGAUCUCAAGCCAGAGAACCUCCUCCUCGACGAAUACCUCAACGUCAAGAUCGGCGACUUUGGUCUGUCCAAUAUCAUGACCGAUGGUGAUUUCCUCAAGACCAGCUGCGGCUCCCCAAAUUAUGCCGCUCCCGAGGUCAUCUCCGGCAAGCUCUACGCGGGGCCAGAAAUUGACAUUUGGAGUUGCGGCGUGAUCCUCUACGUCAUGCUCUGCGGCCGACUGCCCUUCGACGACGAAUACAUCCCGACGCUCUUCAAGAAGAUCAACGGGGGCAUCUACUCGUUGCCCUCCUAUCUUUCGCCCGAGGUCAAGCACCUCCUCUCGAGCAUGCUCGUCGUCGAUCCCGUAAAGCGGAUCACCAUUGUCGAGAUCCGACAGCUGCCGUGGUUCCAAGCCAAUUUGCCCAGAUACCUCCAGCCGCUUCCGCCUACGCCGGCCGCCGAGCGGACUGGCUUCGACUUCAGCGAUAGCACCAAAGUCGAGGGCGGCGAAGGCGAGGUAGAGGCUGCUGGCAGCGGCGCUGGCGGUGCUAAUGGCAAUGGCCCCGCUCGCAAGUCAUCGGGAAGCAAUCAACAAGCGGCACCAGACAUCGGCUAUGUCGAAGAAGAGAUUGUCACCGAGCUGGCCGGGAAGAUGCUGGGCUUCACCAUCGAAGAGCUACAUCAGCAGUUGUACGAGCCAGGAGAGAACCAGGUCAAGGUGGCUUACCAGCUUGUGCGGGAUCAUAAGCGUAUGGUACAAAUGGCGCACCUCGACGAGGAAAAGGAGAUGGAGGGUUUCCUGGCGCAGAGUCCUCCUCCUUGGAACGAGGGUCUCGACGCUCACAUGAAUCGAUCCACAAGCAUCCGCCGUAAACCUCACGCACAGCAGCAUCCUGCCGAUGCUCACGAGACGCCUGCGGCCCCUGCCUUCCACCAGCACGCUGAUGGCAACACCAGCAUGGAUCAGAGCGCGUUCACGGAAGGUGCUAUGAGUGGAACAGACGAGGGCUUGGAGACUUUUGCUUCUGAGGACGAUGUCAGCCUCACUGACGACGAUCACACGACUGCCAUCACCGACGACGAUGAUGACGAAGACGACCUUGAGCCUGCCACACCGGGCCAGAGCGGCAUUGCCAUUCUCGAGCCGAGUAUUCCAUCAGUUCGUGCCAAAGAAGCAGAGGCUCACGCCGCAUCUAUGCCUGCUGCAACGCCUGCUGCAGCACCCACACCCGCACCUGCGACUGCACCCAAAAGGCCGAGGUCGAGGUGGCACUUUGGCAUUCGAAGCAGGAGCCCGCCCAUGGAGAUCAUGCUUGAGCUCUACCGCACCCUGCAGGUCCUGGGCAUGGAAUGGCGAGCGAAAUCUCCCCCACCUUCUGCGACGAAGACAGCAGAGACCAACGGCGCCCUUGACGAGUCGGCUACCCAUGAGGGAGGGGGCGCUGGUGGGGUGGAAGGUGGAAAUACUGACGAGCUGUUCUUCAUCGAGACGAGGUGGAAGGUGCAGAGCAUCAUCGUCCGAAUGAACUUGCAGCUGUACCGCGUCGAUCAGGCCAACUAUCUCGUCGACUUUAGAAAUCUCGGCUACGUGCGCCUGCCACCAGAAGAAGAGGAGCAGGCUGGGAAUGGACAGGCUUUAAAUGAAGGAGAAACGGCAGAUCGGUCAGGAGGCGGUAGAAGGAUUUCGUUCAGCUCUUCGUCUCAGGAUAUGACCUCGCCAAUCUCCCCGCCAUCUUCCUCUUCACAUCAGCUUCCCUUCCGUGUCAACGGUGCCGUUUCGAAUUCGGCCAAGGAAGCUGGCGCAGACCACGUGAAUCAAGUCUCGCUGGAACAAGCGCUCGACGAUGCGUACCGCCAGACCUCAACUGCCGCUGCGCCCUCGUCUGAAGAGCCUGCUUCGACCACACCGUCUGUGUUGCAGAAAAGAGUGGCCGAACACGCUGCGAACCCAACAAAUACGUCGACAAAGGAGAGCAACGGCGCAUCCGCGACGACGACGACUUCGUCUCGACGAGAGAUUUCGAGUCCGUUCUUGUUUUUGGAGUGCGCAACGAGAUUAAUCGUUGAGCUUGCCGGUGGUGGUUAGAGGAUUCUUUUCAAUUCGUACAUGACGUUACCAUUCCACGACAUUCAUGAGCAUUCCCCCUUUCUCGCUUCUUAUUCAUCCUUAUCUGUAUUUCCUCUUGGAGCCUCUCGGAACACUGAUUGACUGGCCAGUCAAUGUUUCCUGCUGACCU